AUGGAGCAGGAGCGUAGUGUUUUGCGCUGUUUGAGUAGGACAAAGUUAUGUUCUGACUUGUUCACUUGGCGAGGUCGUCAAUCUGUGGAGGACCUCGUGGCGAUUGAUGCUAGUUGGUUGUCUCACUUGUCCGGCCUGAUGUUUAAGAGACUUGAUUGGCCGUUGAUUUCUGCUUUUUUUGAGAGGUGGCAGCCAGAUACGAACACCUUUCACAUGCCAUUUGGGGAGAUUACGAUCUUGAUGCACGACGUGUACAACAUACUUGGGUUACGGGUCGCAGGCAAUAUGGUGACCACUACUCCUAGCACGGACGUGUUACGGGACGCGUGCUCGAUCACCAUGGAUAUGACUCCAGAUGAUCUGUCUGAUAUUUGCGGCAGAAAGACCAUUUGGCAGGGUAGUGGGGUGUUGACUGAUAAGAUUUUUGAGUCGACAUUGGCGGUUGACCAGGAGUUUAGUGAUCAGCUUGAUGGAUACUUGUGGUUAGUGCUUGGAGGUACACUGUUUGUAGACAAGAGUGGUAACCGUACGCAUCCUUCCUUCCUCCACGAGCUAUGUUACGUGGAUGUCCCUAUUAACGAGUAUGCUUGGGGAACAGCUGCACUGGCCUACUUGUAUCGACAACUGGGCACGGCAUCACGGAAAGGUGCUGAUUCGAUUGCUGGUUGUCUCACGCUUCUCCAAGCAUGGAUUUACAAGUACUUUCCGUGCUUUCGGCCACAGCAGGGUACCUUGACCCGGGACCUUCAAAUGCCUCGUGCGUCUGCUUGGGAUGUUGGAGCUGGAUGUCCUAGCAAGAACCUGGAGCGCCUGUUAGCUUUUCGUACUAGAAUUGAUGCGCUUACUGACCGUGAGGUGAACUGGCUAACGUACGGAGCUGAUCCUGCAUUACGAGUGCCCCCCACUUUAUUCAUUGGCUGCAUCCAGUACCGUAACAUCAUUGAGUCGUACAUGCCUGAUAGAGUGGUGCGCCAGCUUGGUUUCGUGCAAGGCAUUCCCCGCGAGAUCAUCAGGCCAAAGAAGGCCAAGAGGCCGACUAACUUGAAGAUGUAUCGGGUAGACUUCCUGACUGAGAUGACAGAUGUGAUGUGGAAGCGGUUUAUCCCUGGGGUAUCUCAGAGUGUAGUUUUAGGUGCCUUCACCAGGCUUAGUGCUGCAGCUCCUUCGGUUGCGCCUGGUUACAUGCAGUGGCUGUACAGGUUUUCUCACCCGCAAGUAUCUCCAGGUGCAGGAGUUACAAGCAACCUGCCUGAGCGGACUAACACUGAUUACUGGAUGGGUCGGUCCAUGGAGAUUCACCAAAGAGCACUUGCUGAGUAUCCUGAAAUGUCGAGUGAGACUCGAACAAUGACUGAGCAGCUUGUAUUUGAUUGGAAGUCAAAAAUGGGACUUUAG